UUUUACGUUUUUGUUUCUUACAAAUAAAGAAACGGAAAAAAGAGGAUAGUGCUUACAAUUUGUAUUUGUCAAGAAAAUUGUUUAUUCACAAACUUCUCUUCUUAUUGAAAGCAUAGUUCGAAAAACAAUAAACAGGUCGAAAAAGAAAACAUAAUUAUUACUCAAUAAUUAAUUGAAUCACCUUCGUCUUAUAAAAUUCAAAGUUUAUGUGUAUAUCUGAUAAAUAACAUAUUUGGGCGUAAAUAUUUGUUGUUUUUUUCAAUAAUAAUCGUAAAUAUGCAUGGUACUGAUAUCUCGGAAGGGGCGAAAGUGGAGAGUAAUGUAGAAUGUCCAAUGGAAAAAGAAAAUGCUGUGGCACAGGAAAUACAACAACCACCUAAAAUUAAGUUAGAUACGGUCACCUUUCAUCAACGGAGGUUUGAUAUAUAUGCCAGACUUGAAGAAGUUGCUGCUAUAUGUCGAAAACGUUUUGAAGGCCGCAGCGAAUUGGCUACCGAAAAUGACGAAAGUGUGUUCGAACUUUGUGAAGUAUUGGAAGAAGCUUUCCAAUAUGGUCUAAGACAACAACAACCGACCUUCGUAAUUUCUGCGGCUCAUCUCUUUCAGAAUAUGCACGAAAUUGUUAUUGGUUCCAGAUUAGGUCGUAAUGGGUUGGCCGAUUGCAACGAAUUGUGCUUUUGGGAUUUUUGUAAGCAGUAUUUGACAAAUCACGAAAAACAACGUUUUGAGCAAUUGAAUUUUGUUAGUACAAAAUGCGGACGUGGACGGGCCUUUAUAAGAGCUUGCCUUAAUGAGCAUUCGUUGGAGCGCUACUUGCUAAUGUGGCUUGCUGAUCCAAAGCAAUUGGAAUCGUAUUAUACUCAUUGGUCUUUGUUAACCGAUGAAAACCUCUCUGGAACUUUACCGCAUGUAAUCAAAUCAUUGGAUACCAUUCUGUUUGCCUUGAAUGUGGAUAAGUGUGAAUUAAAUUCUCCUUUAAAAACCGCCUACUCUGCUUUCCGAUCUCCGGCUGAGAAAAAAGAUGAGCCUAUUAUAUAUGCCCCAGCGCCGGUUAAAGUGAAAAAUAAAACUAAAAAUAAAAGCAAUGUCGUAGAAAGGCAUAUUGCAACCGCAAAUUCUACGGAAGAUUUGCUUAAAAGCUUGCCUAUAAAAACCGAUAAUAUUGAAUAUGUCGACACGAACAUUACGGAAGAAUAUGAGUCAGUUGCAAAGGAGAUUUUAAUGCCUCUCAACUAUUUAUCGUCAGCAGUUUCCAUAGAAGACAAUCCUCGAAAAUCUUUAACAGAUAUUGAUAUUAUUACCAAAAAUGAUGUUAUUAAUGGUUCAACAUCUUCGAUGUGUUCUUCUAAUGAAGCGUAUAUAAACGAAAACAAAAGCGAGUGUUCCUCAUUGUAUAGUAAAACCUCCUCUUCUCCGUUACAAACAACAGGUUCAGAACAAUUAGAUGUUUGUCAGCUUGAGCAACAUUUGCAAUUGGAGAAUGAGCUUAAAGAGGCUAACGAACGUUGCAAUCUUCUAGAGACCAGAGUUGCUCAAUUAAGCUUAGAGAAUCGUCAAUUGAUUAGACGCUUGAAACAACAUUUUCAAGAAAGUGGAAUAGAUCCGACAUCUUCCUUUGCCACCAAUUUUCUAAUAACCAUUCCUCAUGUAAAAUUGCAUAAAUCUAAACGGCCUACUACCGGAAAGUAUUAUUUAUAUGAAAUUCACAUCACUAUGCGUCAAAAUUUAGAGCAUUGGUCUCUCUGGAGACGUUACAGUGAUUUUAAUAAACUACACAAGUCUCUACUAAAAACGCAUCCUUCCGCGGUCCUUGUUGAGUUUCCAGGCAAAAAACGUUUUGGUAAUAUGAAUAAGCAGUUUGUGGAUGAGAGGCGUCAACAAUUGCAAAUAUAUCUGCUCAAUUUGGUAGAGACUUUACCACAAUUGGAGGCUUGCAAAUCAAAAGCUGAAUUGCAGAAAGUAUUUCCAUUUCUUCGAGAACGGUAACGAAUAAUUACUAGCAUUAAGUUCUGAUCAUGGUACAAAUUCAAAAGGGAUGGAACAGUUUUUAAUGCUUUCUUAAAGGAAUUACACAUCCUGUGUAUGUUAUUUAAUUAAAGCUUCCCAUACAUAGUAUUGUUUGUAAUUUAGAUAAAGUAUGGUAUCCAGGAAUUAUUUAUUGUGUAUAUAUUUUUGCUUAAUUUAACCGUGCCUUUAAUAGAUUUAAUCUUUUAUAAAUUUGUUUAUUAGUUAUUAAUUUCCAUUUCACUUUUCUUCCACCAGCAUACAAUAGCGUAGUAGAAAUGCCCACUUAACAGAUAAUUAUAAGAGCUUUUGUUAAGGAGAAUGGAGUCGGAUAAGCUUCUGAAGCUGAAUAAUAGAAAGCGUAAUCAAAUUUUUGAUACCAAGGGUAAAGCAUAAAGGAUUUGGGGAACUUGCAUGAGAGACAUUGCUAUUUAUAGUGAAAAAAGACAGAGAAGAAUAUAGAAGCAACAAUUAAAUAACCGCUAGAAAACAUAUUCGUUCCGUUUAUUUUGGAAAUUCAUAAAACAAGUUUGGAUACGCACUUCAAUCGGAGUUGGGGAACAUGCACGAGGUAGGUAUGUACUUAGACAGAAACCAGGACAGUUAGUGCGUAUAUUGGUGUUUAUAAUGAAAAAGCAUCCAGGAGAGUGUAGAAGCAACAACUAUAUGAAGAUUAGAAAACAUAUUCCUUCCGUUUUUAACGUACUUUUCAAAUUCAUAAAACAUGUUUGGAUGCAGACUUUAAUAAAAAGCCGAUGUUGAAAUGUUCAUUGUUGGCAAUCUGUGUAUUAUAUUUAAGUAACUUUUAUUAAAUAAAUACAAUAAA